CUUAGAAAGAAUUUGUACAAGUGCAUAAGCAUCGGGCAGCGAGUACGAUGUAUUGGACAUGGACCCGCAAGAAGGAAUCGUAGAUUGUGAUGGCACCCAUCUGGAAAUACCUGCAGAUGUAAAGAAAAGUGAUGGAAGCGAAUGAGAAUCUUGCAAUCUUCAGAGCCAAUAGCAAGGAUGCGAGCACAAUCACUGCGACGAUUACUCAGGACGCGAGCACCGUUACCGAGUCUGCGAACACCGUAUUCUCCACGCCUACUCAAGACGCGAACACCGUAUUCUCCACGCUUACUCAAGACGCGAACACCGUAUUCUCCACGCUUACUCAAGGCGCGAGCACCGAGUCUGCGAGCACCAUUAUCUCGACGCUUACUUUAAGACGCGAGCACACUCACCUUGACGCUGACCCAGGAUGCGAGCACAAUCACUUCGACGCUGACCCAGGAUGCGAGCACGGUCACUUCACUGUCACUGCUGCUGAUGGGGCUAAGACGUUGAUGGCAUUCGUUACUUCGAUUUCUACACUUACUCAGGAUGCGAGCACCAUCACAUCGACGCUCACUCAAGAUGCGAGCACCAUUACCCAGGCAGCGAGCCACCAUCACGUCGGUGCUUGACGCGAGCACUAUCACACCGACGCUGACCCAGGAUGUGAAAAGAGCUCUUCCCGGGGAUAACGUUAGAGCUACAAGAAGCAGACAGGCC